AUGUUACUUCCGGUUGACGAAAUCAUUGUUGGUGGGACACUGGACAACUUAUACUACAAGUCCCAUCAACCUCCGGGAGUUUACGUCACUUCUGGGAGCUAUAUACAACCCGGAAGGAAGAGACUUAUCAAUAUUGACAGCAAUACUACAUAUCCCAUCAGGCUAUUGGGAGAUCCGCUGAUGUCACUUCCGGGCGCCACAUGCGACCCGGAAGUAGGACGUCUAUUCACACCAGGAAGAAAUCAAGGUAACCAGGGACCCUUAUAUAAAAGAGAACUCAACUCAGAUUGGACUCAUACUUCUGAAGAAGCCCCAGAUUGGGCGAAACGCGUUAAGCAAGAGACUUGA